AUGCCCGAACCCCACGGGGAACCGGCAGUCGUAGAUUCGGGGAUCUUGGAUGUCAGAAUCGGGCCCGACAAGAGGGUCUGGACGCAGCGAGCCGUUGACCGAACGGCGGGAGCGCGCGAGCCUGAGCUGGACGAUGCGGACCGGACAGACGCGUCUGCGCAGUCGCGUGGGGACGUUGACAGUUUCACACGCAUGUAUACACUGACGGUUGGCUAG